CGGGGCGGGGACCAGGUUACCCGCCUCCUCCGGCUGGGGAGUCCCCGGGGCCGGCGCGCGGGGAAGUCCCAAGCGCGGGUACAAGAGCACGGCGCGCGCCCAGGAGGGCGGCCCGGACAGUGGCGCAGCGCUCCAGUCAUGUCGCAAGGCCUCCAGCUCCUGCUUCUAGGCUGCGCCUGCAGCCUGGCGCCCGCGUUGGCGAUGCGGGAGGUGACGGUGGCUUGCUCCGAAACGGCCGACUUGCCGUGCACAGCGCCCUGGGACCCGCAGCUCUCCUACACAGUGUCCUGGGCCAAGGUCUCAGAGAGUGGCAACGAGAGGCUGGAGCUCCCUGAGAGCCAGCAAAACAGCUCCGCCGAGGUCCCCAGGAAAAGGCCUUAUUCCUUGACAAUCGAAAACACUACGCUCUGCAGCGCUGGCACCUACAGGUGUGCCUUGCAGGAGCUUGGCGGGCAACGUAACUUCAGUGGCACAGUGGUUCUGAAGGUGACAGGAUGUCCCAAGGAAGCUACAGAGUCAACCUUCAGGAAGUACAGGGCAGAAGCUGUGUUGCUCUUCUCUCUGGUCGUUUUCUACCUGACACUCAUCAUUUUCACAUGUAAGUUUGCACGACUACAGAGUAUUUUUCCAGAUAUUUCUAAACCUGGUACAGAACAAGCUUUUCUUCCAAUCACCUCCCCAAGCAAACAUUUGGGGCCAGUGACCCUUCCCAAGACAGAAACAGUAUGAGUAAGGUCUCCACUGGUUUUUACGACGCCAAGGGCACAUCAGAUCAAUGUGCCUGACUACCACCUGGACAAGAGAAGAAUGAGUCCCACCCUCAGAUGGCAACCUUUCUUUGAAGUCCUUCACCUGACAGUGGGUUCCACACUACUCCCUGCCACAGGGUCUUGAGCACUAUCAUAUGAUCACGAAGCAUGGAACAUCGCUGCUUCUCUGUGGCUGUCAGCUUCAUGUUUCAUGCGGCUAUCUGGUCAACCUCGUGAAUACUUUUCAGUCAUAUAAAAGCUAUGGUGAGAUGAUGGUGGAGCAGGGUCAUGGGAAAUUUGAACACUCCGAGCUGGCCCUAUGACAGACUCCUGAGGACAGCUGUCCUCUUCUACAUCUGGGAGGCAUCUCUUUGAGUUUGUCCUGUUUCGUUGCACCAGUCCAGAUGUCUCACAUCUGGCAGAAAUUGACAGGCCAAGUUGUGAGCCAGUGGGAAAUAUUUAGCAAAUAAUUUCCCAGUGAGAAGGUCCAGCUAUUAGUAAGGAGUAUUAUGUGUACAUAGAAAUGAGAGGUCAGUGAACUGUUCCUCAGCAGGGCCUUUUCAUCUGGAAAAGGCAUUUAUAAAGCGGCAGUACAGAGGAAUGCCACAUUUAUUUUUUUAAUCUUCAUGUACUUGUCAAAGAAGAAUUUUCAUGUUUUUCAAAGAAAUGUGUUUCUUUUCUUUUUAAAAAAAAAUAUGAAUGUCUAGUCUAGCUGACAAGCAGCCUGAGUGAAUAUGGAGAGUGUUCCUCAGAAUAGGGAUAGCAAGCUUGAAGCACUGUACAGUGCUCUGCUGGGAAGGGCAGGCCAUGGACUGAGCAACCGAAAAUCUGGUCACAGGACUGUCUGUGUGAUCCUGGGUGGGUCACUUGUGAUUUCCACUCUCUGGCUUGUAACCAGUCCGGGUUGACUAAACUGGAUGUGAAGAUGCUUGGGGAUAGCUGAACGUAAUGGAUAUAGUGGCAAUUCUACUGGGCUGUUCCUUUGUUGAUAUUCUAGAGUUCUGGAGCUGAGCAAAUGCGUGUCAUAGCUCAGCUUUCCUGUCAUUCCAAACAAACAAAGGAGGCCACGAAAUGGACAUUCCCAUGGUCUUCUGUGUGAACUCCCGAGAAACGUGGAGACUGGCGCAGUGUUUUGCUCUUGAAGGACUAAUCACAAGUUCUUGAAGAUAUGGACCUAUGGGAGCUAUUGUGCCAUGACAAGAGGAGAUUCUCAGUUGCUGCACUGAUGUGACAUUGUUGCAUUUCUUUAAUGAACUGGACCCCUUCCUCAUUUGCUUCCCAAAGAGAUUUUGUCCUACUGAUGGUGUGUCUGUCACCCACACUAUGAGAGUGAACGGGAUGCUGAGCGGAUACCAUGUGCUUGCCUCUCAGUCACUACUUUCAUGCUAUUAAAAGUAUGCAUGUGAA